UUGCACUGUGAUACCAUAACGACGUUUCUAGAUAAACAUGUUUCAGGAAGGGCAACCCCGACUAUUCAGACGGAAUUCAGUCAGGACCUUGUGCCAGUUGAAAAGGCGCGCUGGACAGUGCUCAUCAAAUGCAGUCAUCUCUUUUUACAGAACACCAUUCCGGACGUUUUUUCGCAAUUGAAACUUUCGGGUGAGGCAAGUCAAAUGAUGUAUCAGCCAGGAAAUGCAUACAAUGAACAUAUGAUCAGUGCAGCAAAAAUUACUGGUCGACACUUGUUCUUUGAUUUGGAUCCAGUUGCCAGAAAAGCGCGAAUAAAUGACGACAUAGAAAAGAUCCAAAAGAUUAUCAGUCAAACAACUGUUGAACGUCUGCGUGCAUUGGAAUGCAUGAAAGAUGAAAAUACUCAUUUGACUGGUUCUGAUAGCUUCGCGAAAUUGGACGACCGAUUGCAAGCCCUUGCCGUUCUUAUGCUUCAUUACUGUGCUGCUUUGCAGAACUGCAUCGAAUUUGAAGAAUCCUCCGCUGAUCAAAAUCAAGAAGUGGCCGAUACAUCAUCAGAGUUUGUUUCGGGAGCAAUUGCUUAUUCUGCGGCUGACUAG